AUGGCGUCCCGUGGCAUUCUGGGCGCCGUCGGUGCGGUGAGUGUAUUCGGGGUGACAGGCGUUGUUAUGCUGGGUUCGCGCUGGCGUCAGCUGGAGUCGCGCCGCGCAAAGCUCAACAACGAGUAUGCGGAUAUUCUGGAAGAGCUCCGCGCCCUCGAAGACUCUCGGCUGCAGGACGCCGUCAAGCUGCGACAAAAGAGGCAGGAGACAGCGCAACUUCAUGAAACAGUAGAUGCUGUGUGGGCAGAGCGGCUCGCGCGGUACACGCAGACAAAUAAGGAGCUGCACUCGUACCUGGCGGCGCUCCCCGAGGCACUUGGCGCGCUGAAGGGCUUGACGAAUCACUAUCAGUACAUGAUGCUGGAGAUGCGCAAGUUCAUCGCCUUUGACGUAGCAUGCAGCAAGGUCCACAAUCUGGCGCUGCUUCUUGAGCACGGCGACCACGUGGGGAUCCAGCGUGUGGCGCAGACGAUUCAACAAUUGCUUGUUGCAGAGCCCCUUGUUCAGGUGGUAUGCGAUAACAUCACCGACGCCACGGCCGACAUCAGCAGCCCCAACUCUCUAGGCGAUUGCAGCGCUAGUUUUGUUUUCUGCAUGGAGGAGCUCGAUCGGGCGAUCGAGGGGGCGGUGGAGCGGUACGCCGAGUACCAGCGCGAUCACGCGGAGAAGGCACCCAACGCUGUGUGUGAGGGCUUGCGCAAGUUGGGCAGCGAGGUGAAGGUGUCAACGUUGAGUAAAGGGGAUAUCAUGAUGCAGAAGGAGCGAAAGGUCCUGCGGGACCUCCUCCUUCGUGAUCGACGGCAGCUGCACACCACCGAGGACCUCACGAGUGCGGUGAGGCAUGCAGAGAACGUAUCAGAAAGGUUGCAUAACACCAACACACACGACGGUGGGCUGCAGGCAACAGUCGCUGCGGAUUCUGCCGUCGAAAACGCACAGGAGCAGCUGCUGCUGUGGAGAAGGUCAGCUGUUGUUUUUCUGUUGAGGCAGCAGGCUAAGGAUGCGCUUGGUGCAUAUCAUCUACUUCUAGCGGAGACGCUCACGAAGACCAAGUCGGCGUGA